CAACGAAUGUUCAUAACCUUACAAUUUCAAUGAGAGCUGGGGCUGGAGACUUAAGCCAAAGUAUACUUGAAAUGAUGAAAUACAGAACCAUCUGGUCUUCAAGUAUUUCCGCUCUUCUGUUUGUAUUCCUUCUAAUUUUGUCACCAGAUGUCGCCAGACUAGAUCGAGCCAUAACUCCAGUAGAAAGUAUCCGUUUUCUGUCAAACAGUGAUGAAGGAACUGAAAAUAUUAUACCUAUUAGCCAAUCAUUAUCUCAGCAAAAAGAGAAUGAUAAGCGUACAAGCUCUUUUUUCGGUCUAAGAGGGAAAGGGGAUUAUUAUGACGCCAAAAGAACCAGUCCGUUCUUUGGCUUAAGAGGAAAAAGAGAAGGUUUUAACAGUAAAAGAGCCAGUCCCUUUUUUGGUCUUCGAGGUAAAAAAGAAAAUUUUGAAAGCAAAAGAACAAGUCCAUUAUUCGGACUAAGAGGAAAAAGGGGUGAUUUUGAAAAAAAAAGAGCGAGUCCAUUUUUCGGUCUAAGAGGGAAAAGGGGUGAUUUUGAAGAAAAAAGAGCGAGUCCAUUUUUCGGUCUAAGAGGGAAAAGGGAUGAUUUUGAAGAAAAAAGAGCGAGUCCAUUUUUUGGUUUAAGGGGUAAAAAAGAAGCAGCUGCCGACAAAAGAGCAAGUCCCUUUUUCAGUUUAAGAGGGCAAAAGGUAGAUUCCACAGAAAAAAAAGCAAGCCCAUUUUUUGGUCUCCGAGGAAGACGGGAGGAUUUCGAUAAUAAGAGAGGAAGUAUCUUUUUUGGCCUCAGAGGGAAAAAGCUUAUUGAUGACGAUACUAUGGAAAAACGAGCUUUUCAUGCUUUACGGGGAAAGAAAGACGAUUCCUAUGUCGACAGUUACAUUGAUGGUUUUAGGCAGGUUUAUGAAGGCUUGUCAUCCCAAUCACAACUACCUUUCUCUGAAGAAAACAAGCGCGCCAGAUCAUUUUACGGCCUUCGAGGAAAACGUUUUGUCGAAAAGAUGGAUUCCAAUGUGGACUGAAAAGGGAGGAGUUGUUUGCCAUUAGAUGUAGAAGAAUUAAGUCAAAAGACGAAAGACACAUCCCUGUUGAAUACGAUAUUUCUACAACUGUGUUUUUAAUAUGUUGAGUACAUAGCACAAAUCUGUAAGAUUAUAUUCUCAGUAAUCUCGUACGUUUUUUUUUUUUUUGUCCUGUGGAAGAGUUUAUUAUUAGUAAAUCCAAAGCAAAUUAAAGGUUACAGAUUUGAAAUUAAUGACGCUAUAUUCAAAAUAGGUCAGUUGUCCUGUGUUGGAUGGCAGGUACGAAGCGCACUUGGACAAUAAAAAUUCCCGUGUUUAAAA